AAAAGUUAUAGUUUCAAUCAGAAUCAAGUGUUGCGUGCGAGUGCAUGGUUGUUGUGCAUCUUCAAUUUACUUUCCUUUUUUUUUUAUGUGUCGCGUGGAAUAUUACUUCAUGCUUGUGGAUUAUGGAAAGAUUCUGAUAUAAGUUAACAAAGGUUUGUUUUCUGUUUAAGGCAAUAUGGCAACUGUUUACAGAAAUAGGCAGCUGAUGCACUUGUCUGUGAUACUCUUUUUCUAUUUUGCAAGUAUAGGAUGCCUGUUUCCUUAUAUGACGACACAUAUGAGAGAAUUAGGAUUCUCCCUAUCCGAAAUAGCUUUCAUCAAUGCGGUAUCUGCUUUCUUCAGUUUGAUUGGUCCCGUACUCGGAGGUACUUUCGCUGAAAGGCAGAACAGGUACAAGUCAACAACUGUGUUCUUCAUUUUCGCCGGAGCUUUGGCUUUCGUCUCAUUAGCUUUCAUUCCCCGCUACGAAAAAUUAAACUACCAACCCCUUGUGGAUUUUGAUUGUGACGCUGGGCUAAGAGUUGAACGCUGCGUUAACUGGGCGAACUGCGGAGAAGCACUUGAAAGAAGUGACGACGUUACCAAAAUAAAACUAUCUAACUGCCAUUACCAAUGUCCGAAAACUGGACAUUUCACUUCUGAAAAUCCCCUUCUUCUUUGCUUCCGUGGUGAUCACGGAAAUAUGUGCACUGUCUUUGAUGAAGACAGCCGUAAUAACUCGUUGACCGAGUUUGUAAGUCAUUUGCAGUCAUGGCCAUAUGUCGAUGUACCAGCAAGUACCAAUGAUACCGUGAGCAUUUCCAAUAUUUCAAACGAGGAAGAUGUUCCGAGAGCUCACGUUGCAAUGUGCCACUAUUUGCCACUAGCACCCAUCAGUUUCAACCGGAAAGAGUACCAAGGCAUAUCAUGCAGACCAAAAGAAGAGGGUUGCACAAUUCAUUGCAAAGUUUCAUUUACUCGAGGUGAGAGUCCAGUCAUGCCUCGGCCAUGCGAGGAAGCUUAUGGUAAUCCGUCCACAACUUUCUGGAGUUACUUAAUACUUCGAAGUUUAGGUGAUAUGUGCUUAUUAACAGCGAUCUGCUUAUUGGAUGCUGUGACCAUUUGGAGUACUGUCGAUUAUGAAGGCUCAUACGGACGGAUUCAUGCCUGGGCAGCUUUAGGCAUUGCAACUUUAGCUCCAAUAAGUGGUACAGCUUUGGAUUAUUACACAGAUAUGGAUGGGAGAGCAGAUUUCUCAGUUCCAUCCUUAAUGUCAGCAGCUUUUGCACUUGUCACCGCAGCGCUCGUCAUCAUUUUCCCCAUUCACAGACACAAGUCGGCUGACUUUCAGCAGUCGGUUCUUCCGCCCAAAAUGAAAUUCCUCACUGGUGAGAUGAUCGUAUUUUUGAUCGUGAUUUUGAUCCUGGGAAUGCAGUGGAGUGUUCUUUUUACUUUCUUGCCAUGGCUCACUCAAGAUAUCGGAUGUUCAUUCAUGCAAAUGGGUCUGUCAUUCGCGCUCAUGUUCGGAUUCAGUCUUCCUUUCCUUCUGAUAUCCAAGAAUAUGGUGCGGAAUAUUGGGAAGGCCAACUUGUUGGUUUUUGCAUUCCUGUUUUAUUUCACGAGGUACGCUGGAAUAACGUUUGUUUCUUCUGCGUGGUGGACUCUUCCUUUCGCCUUGAUGGGAUGUUUCACACUCUGUGUUAUGUGGAUUGCAGCAGUUGCUUACGGGCAGAAAAUCACGCCACCUGGAUAUAGCCUUGUCAUGCAAUAUCUUUUGAAUAUGUUGCAUUUUGGUUUGGGUCGCGGUCUUGGUAGUUUAGCUGGUGGAGCGUUGAUAUCUAGCUAUACACAAAGAGUGGUAUUUCUUGGAAUUGGUGUAUUUUCAGCUAUAAUCGCAUUCUUUUAUCUGACAGUCUAUCACAUAGGAUUGAGAAAAAGGACAGGUUCUUAUCCAGCAACAUUAAAUGGAUCUUGGUUUCCUUUACGAGAACAAUAUCCAAAUGGAGACGUUAAGGCUCGAUCACCCAUAGUUGUUGAACAAGAAGAUGACAUUGAUAUCGCGCCAAAUGGCCGCCAAGUCAACGGCAAAUAAUCAUACAUCAUUUGAAUUAUCAAACAGACUUUUGCCACGUGUGUCGUUUAUGAUGUGUAAACAUUCAUUUUUGUUUGUUUUGUUAUUCAUAUUUUCUUCGCUUUUGUGACAUCUUAAUGCUGGUCAGGAAGAUGUUAUUCAUAUAUUUUUUUUCUGAGUGUGAAUGUACAUUUUUAUUAUGAAUAUAUACUCAAAGUUUCGCCAUUUUUUUUUUACAAUUUGAUUAUUGUUUCAUUAAUUAAUCUGCAUACCAUUGUUUACAAAUGGAGAUUUUUAGAUGAUAUACGCGCAAUAGCUCAUGUGCUAAGCAAUGCUGAAUUUCGAAUUUUUAGCAUCUCGAGGGUUAAUAAAACGUUAUACCAUACAGUCAAAGUUCUGCAUAUUUUUCGGAUAAAUGUCUUGUCAUGCUUUCACCCUCAAAGUCUUUUUAGAAUAGUGAAUGAAUGAUAAAAUAAAACUUGAAUGCAUAUACGAAUUAUAUUUAUGUUCACUUAUAUUUUCCUUCAUACUAAUCAAUAUAUCCUAAUUUAGUAUAGUUCAACUUUAAGAAACAAAAUAAAAAAAUUGAUUGAAAUGUUACACGUUAAAAAACUAAUAGAAAAUUUGUGGCAACAAUUACAACAAAUAAUUUUUAAAAAAUUGUUUAAAUUACUAUAAAUAUACAAAAAUAAUGUUUAUUUAUAUAAUGUUCUAUACAAAAUCCAUUUUAAACAAGCAAGCUUUCAAAACAAAGUUUUUUAAUUAAUUUUUUAGAAACAUAAAUUCAAUAUAUUUUUAGCAUAUUCAGACUGCAGAUUUAAAAAUUGUGGUGUAUGUCUGAAAUGCCAUUUGAAAUUCAAGUUAAGUGCAUUUCUAAAAAUUAUCAUUAAAGUGUUUAGUUAUAGUUAUUUUAAAUUAGCUUUUUAUUUUUGCUUUGAAUAAUGAGAUUUUUGUUACUUUAACUCACCUCAGAAUUUGUUUAAAGGUUAAUUAUUUUAAAGUGGUUGGAUAAUAUUCUGAUUGAAAUUUGUAGUCUCUGAACAAUGUUUUUUUAUUACUUAUCCACAUAGCUUGUUUUCUGUUGAUAUAUUUUUUGUAUGAUAGAUUUGAUGAAUGUAGAAAAUGUUUGGAAAUAAAAUCUUGUAAAGAUAGAAAAA